AUGGCCGCCACCGAACCCAAACCCACAGUCAAGGAAAUACUCCAGGACUACCAAUACAAGCCCGAACAAGUCGAGCACGUCAGCCCGCGCCGCGAGGGAGCCGCGCCGCUGGCCAUCACCGAGGCGCAGCCCUCGUGGGCGUCGCGCUUCGCGGCGCUCGAGGCCCGGAUCCGCGCGGCGCUCGGGGCGUCGGCGCUCGCCAUCUCGCACGUGGGCUCGACGAGCGUGCCCGGGCUGCCGGCCAAGGACAUCAUCGACAUUGACCUGACGGUGGGCGACGUCGACGACGAGGCGUCGUACGCGCCGGCGCUGGAGGCGCAGGGCUUCCACUUCCGCAGCCGCGAGCGGUCGUGGCACGGCCACCGCUUCUUCCUGGGCUACAGCGACAACUGGUGCAACCUGCACGUCUGGGGCCCCGGGUGCCCGGAGACGCGCCGGCACCUGCUCAUGCGCGACUGGCUGCGCGCGCACGCCGAGGACUGCGAGGCGUACGCGCGGGUGAAGCGCGAGGCGGCGGCGGCCACCAACGAGGUCGGCGGCAACGGCAUGGAUUAUAACCUGCGAAAGGAGGGCUGGAUCAGGGAGCUGCUGCAUCGUAUCUUUGUGGCUGAGGGGUACAUUACCGAGGACGGACAGCCGAUUGCUAGAGACUGA